AAAAAAAACAAAAAUAGAAUAUAGGUACAUUUAUGUGGAAAAUGUAAAUUGAUAAAUGUGCAUACAUGUGUAUGCAUAGAAAUGCCUUUAAAAAUGUUAAUGACACCUCUCAAACUGUUAAUAACAGCCACCUAAUGUUUCAACUGAGACUCCAUAAAUCUAAAACAGCUAGGCCUCAUCUUUGCAAUUAAGACAAAUCUGCAGUCACUGCACAGCCAGCCUUUACUUGAGACUUAACUCAGAGCCUUCCCCUAUGGGGAUGAAAAAUCCUCUUCCACCUGGAAGAGAGGAAUGCUGGGAGUCCAGAGGUGGCCCUCAGCCUGAAGUAGCACCAAGGGGUGUGAGGCAACUGGGUUUAUCUGAAACGACAUGGACACAGAACACCCAAAUAUUUUGUAUAAGCAAAAUGCUAACAAAAUAAGUUUUAAUAAUUGACAAUGGAAAGAUAGCAGGUCUCUUCCGCAUCCCAGGCCACCUAGCAAUCCAGUUUUCCAAUUGCAAUGGUUCAUUAUUUAUUUAGAAGUUAAAAUAAAAGGAGUGGAGGAAGGGUGAAGCAGGACAUUUAGUGAAAUUCUUGCAGUCGAAAUGAAAAAAGCAGUUCUUUCCAAAGGUACAUUAUUGUAACAUAUAGACACAUUUUCCCAUAAGAAACUCCCAGUGAAAUUGAAAGCACGUGUGCAGAUGGCCAGGGCGUGCUGUGCAUGAUACUGUGCAAGCAAUUCAGCAGGGCUGCUGCUGCAAAACCAGCGUUCUCAGCUCUGGGUGCUGGGGCUUGUCUCCAUAACAAGCUACCAUGUAACAAACGGAUCUCAGCAGGGUGAACAACACUCGCAGAAAGUGAGCUGUUUACUUCGUCCCCACCCUGCUCCCUUAACUCUAAAAAGUUACAAACUGUAAGUUUCCUUCCUGAUAAAUGCCAAGGCUUCCUCACUGAUUGGUCUCAGUUUGGGAAAGGACGUGACAUCAGCAACUUCGGAGACUGGGGGCUGGAGGGUUCUUGUGGCCUCUGCCGGGCCUCCAGCCAGUUAGGUAAAGUGUGUGUGUGUGUGUGUGCGCGUGUACCCGAGCGUGUGCUUCUCUCUGAACACAGGUAGUACUCAGAUUACCCUGCCUGCUCUGUUCUUUGCUGCAGACCAUUUGACCAGGACGUGUGCAGCUCAGCCAGCCACAUAAAUUUUUCAGGAGCAAGGGGAGCAUGAAGUUUGGACUUUGCUGAGCAACUGAAGUACGGCGCAGAGCUUGCUCACUCAGGAGAGAGCACCAUGGAUGGCAAGCAAGGGGGCAUGGAUGGCGGCAAGCCCGUGGAGCCAAGAGAUGCUUCUGACACCAGGCUUCUUUCGAACCCAUUGAUGGGCGAUUUUGUGUCUGAUUGGUCUCCUGUGCAUGAAGCUGCAAUUCACGGACGUCAGCUGACUCUGAGGAAACUCAUCAGCCAGGGGUGGCUUGUGAAUAUUGUCACAGCAGAUCAUGUUUCUCCACUCCAUGAAGCCUGUCUCGGAGGUCAUCCCUCUUGUGCAAACAUUUUAUUACAGCAUGGAGCACAGGUGAAUGGCGUGACAACAGACUGGCACACUCCACUCUUUAAUGCUUGUGUCAGUGGCAGCUGGGAUUGUGUGAAUUUGCUCCUGCAGCAUGGAGCCAACCUUCAACCUGCGAGUGAUCUGGCAUCCCCCAUCCAUGAAGCAGCUAAGAGAGGCCACGCGGAGUGUGUCGACGCUCUUAUAGCUCAUGGGGUCAACAUUGACCAUAACAUCAGCCACCUGGGCACUCCACUCUAUUUGGCUUGUGAAAACCAGCAGAUAGCCUGUGUCAAGAAGCUUCUGGAGUCAGGUGCAGAUGUGAACCAAGGCAAAGGUCAUGAUUCUCCACUUCAUGCAGUGGCCAAGACGGUCAGUGAAGAGCUGGUUUGCCUACUCAUGGAUUUUGGAGCAGACACCCAGGCCAAGAAUGCUGAAGGCAAACGUCCUGUGGAGCUGGUGCCUCCAGAGAGCCCUUUGGCCCAGGUCUUCUUGGAGAGAGAAGGGCCCCCAUCUUUGAUGCAGUUAUGCCGCCUUAGAAUUCGGAAGUGCUUUGGAAUCCGGCAGCAUCAUAAGAUAAGCAACCUCAUCCUCCCAGAGGAUCUGAAACGGUUUCUCCUACAUCUUUAAAUGCAUCAAGGGAACGGAUUCACAAACAACAUGAAAACAUUAUUGAGUGUCGUAGCCAUUAGAAUUUUAAAAAUCUAGUUGGGUUUAUAGAGUUUGAUUGAUGUUUUCCAUUAGAUUUGUUAUAGAAACGCACUGCAUACAUUUGUAUUAGUUAGAAGGUGUGAAGACAUUUUUCCCACUUGGAAGAGAAUGUUUAAAAUAACAGUUGUUGUUUUAAAUAUUUACUCCAUGCCAAGCACUUUCUGCAUCAUCUAAUUCAGCCCUCACAGCAACUGGUCAGUAUGUCCAGUUUCCCAGAGCAAGGAUAGAGGAGUCAGAUUCAAAUACAGGUUUUCUGACAUUAGCUUAAGUGAUUAUUUGAUCAAGGCAGGAUUUUCCAGCAUCACUAUCCUUGUUCCGUCUCUGCUAUAUGGGAAGCAAAAUGAAGAAAUAUAUUUCUUGGUUUAUAUCUAAUUGGUUUUAACCUUCCCUGUUCUUGAGACAAAACCAUUACUGUCCUAGCAUAGUAUGGGGGUGAAUUCUUUUUUUCAACCAAAACACUAUAUACGUAUUAAGCAUAUUCUAGAACCUUGCUGCUUAUGACAGUUAUUCUUUUGAAUAUUUACUCCAUGCCAAGCACUUUCUGCAUCAUCUAAUUCAGCCCUCACAGCAACUGGAUCAGUAUGUCCAGUUUCCCAGAGCAAGGAUAGAGGAGUCAGAUUCAAAUACAGGUUUUCUAACACUAGCUUAAGUGAUUAUUUGAUCAAGGCAGGAUUUUCCAGCAUCACUAUCCUUGUUCCAUCUCUGCUGUAUGACAAUAAAAAUAAAGAAAUAUGUUUCUUGGUUUAUGUCUAA